UUCUCGAUGUGCCGGCAGGAUCGACUGUUGUUCCUUCCAAUCCCUUUAACGUUAUUCUUCUCUUAUCUCUUAGUGUUCCAGUUAGCCCUAGUCGUCCGUUUCAAAACGUCAUCUUGGCUAUUACUUACUGGCUAAAAUAAUAUUCUUGUAAAUACACGGAUCACCACCGUUUCACGGGUGGUGAUGAUAACGAGACAUUUGUAGAAAUGGCGACGGCAUUAGAGCAAUUUGUAAAUAAUGUGCGGACGCUUUCAAAGCAAGGUAACUUUCGGGAAUUAUAUGAUGUUAUAAAUAAGAGUACCGAAGUAUUAAUGAAAAAUGGACAACACCUAGAUAAUGUAUUGGAAACGUUGGAUUUGCAGCAACACUCCCUUGGGAUUUUGGCAGUAUUAUGCGUUAAAUUUUCAUUGCCUCAUCCCAGCGGUAGUUAUGAUCUUGAUUCUUAUAAGCCAUUGUUCAGUCAGGUCCAAGAAUUUAUCAUAGGGUGCAACAGCGAACAAAUUCAAUUUGCACCCGAUACAUAUGCGGAACUAUGUCAUUUACUAACUCAAAUUUUAGUUGAAUUGCAAGUGCCGUUACGUGGUAUAGAAUUACUGCGUAGAGCUAUACGUAAGAUUCAACUGUUUGACAGUCAGCUAACUUCAAUACAUGCCGAUCUCUGCCAAUUAUGCCUUUUGUCUAAGUGUUUUAAGCCAUCGCUUGAGUUUCUUGAUAUUGAUGUUACUGGUAUUAGCCAGGAAGGUGGACAAUUUGAUUCAAAGUUUUUUUUACUUUAUUAUUAUUAUGGUGGUAUGAUAUAUACAGCAUUGAAAAAUUAUGACCGUGCAUUAUAUUUCUUUGAAGUGUGUGUAACGACUCCUGCUAUGGCUGUCAGUCAUAUUAUGUUAGAGGCCUAUAAGAAAUAUAUUCUGGUCUCUUUAAUAUUGCACGGAAAGAUCUUAAAUUUACCUAGGUACACGAGUCAGGUAGUUAAUAGGUACAUCAAACAGUUAAGUCUACCAUAUCAAGAAUUAGCGACAGCUUACCUAACUAACAAUUGCGAAGAUUUGCUAAACAUCAUUAGAAAAUACCAAGAACUUUUUGAGAGGGAGCACAAUUCGGGAUUAGUUAAGCAAGUCCUCAGCUUUUUGUACAAAAAAAAUAUACAGAGGCUGACUAAAACUUUCUUGACACUUAGUUUAAGCGACGUUGCAAGUAGAGUUCAGUUGGCUGGCCCUUCAGAUGCAGAGAAAUAUAUUUUAAAUAUGAUAGAGGAUGGUGAAAUUUUUGCGACUAUUAAUCAGAAAGAUGGUAUGGUAGUAUUUCACGACGAUCCGGAAAAAUAUAACUCACCACAAAUGUUAGCCAAACUCGAGAAAGAGAUGCAAACUUGUGCAGAAUUAGAUAAACGGGUGCUCGAGAUGGAAGAGGAAGUUGUUCUUACGCCACAAUAUGUUAGAAAAACUUGCGGUCAAAACGAACAGGACGAUCAAACAGUUGGACCCACAAAUGUCACAAAUGGUCAAGCUCAGUUGAAACAUAACUCUUACUCUGUGUAACAUACAUACGUCGUUGUGUAUUAUCUUUAUUAAAAAAGAAGGAAAUUAAUGAAAUAAGUCUUGUUGAAGGCCAAGCACAAGUACAUUUUGAAGCCUGUUUUGGGUAAAAUAUUUCAAAUCUGUCGAAAUUUGUCUAAAGUAAUCUAUUUUGUACAAAGAUUCCAAGACUACGAUUAACAACUUGUAAAGUUCUAAACGAUAAGAAAUUAAGGCUGAAAACUAAUCGCAGUUCAUCGAUUCUAGAGUUUUUCGUAAUAGUAAUAUGACUCUCAUACUUGUGAAACGCACUUUGAAAAAUAACGUAUAAUAAAAACACGAGCGUAAAAUAAUAAUAUUAAUAUUAUAAUAAUACCAAUAAUAAUUAUUAUAAUAAUGAAAGUGUAGUACCUUAUCUGUAAAAAGUUACCAAUGUAUUGGAAUAUGCUUUAUCUCAUAAUUAUUAUUGAGUUUGUUUUAAUAUUUGCAUAUAAAAUUUAUAAAAAAUUAAUAUCUAAAACAGGCUUUAUAAGUAAAAUUACGUAGUAAAUAAAUUAAAAUAUCGUGGUAUUUUAUCCACAAGAGAUCAUAUUGUUUUGAAAAAAAUAAGAAUACACACAAUCACACACGCUGUUUCAUACAUGAGCAUUUUUAACUAAAAGGCAAACUUAAUAAAUUAUUGAAAUAGUACAGCUU